GCAUUGAAUUCGCGUUUUGCGCGAGAAAUGCAUUAAAGUUUACAAGUAUUCAAUGAUUGCCUAAUGUUUUGAAUGAAUCAAACGUUAGGAAAAGUGUUGACAAAAAUAGCACUCAUUUGACAUUCGAUGCGAUAAUUGUGUGAAAAGACAGAAACCAUUCAAACCAUUCAUUUUCACACCAUUUGUGUCGCAAACGAGAUGUCGAUUAUCCGUCGAUUUGCCACACAUUUGAUCCAAAGCCACGAGAAGGCGACACAAUGUCAUCGAAGGACACUAUUGGCUGACAAACGAGUGACCAGUUUAUGGACAAUGAGUUCGUUUCAAUUCAGUUCAGUCACUGAUCUUCAGGUCAAACACAACGUCCAGAAGAAGCAGUUCUACAUCGAGUUGGGGAAAGCGAAGGCAGUGCUCGACUACAAGCAGACCAGCGCUGGAGUACUGGAUCUCUACCACACGGAAGUGCCCAAAGAGUUGAGAGGCAAAGGAAUCGCUGGAUUGUUGGCUGAGGAGGCGUUUAAAUACGUGGUGAAAAAUAAGCUGCAAAUGUUGAUCAGCUGUACUUAUCUGCAGAAGUUCCUGAAGGAGAACCAGAAGCCGGAGUUUGUCAAAUACCUAUACAGGGAUAGCACUGAAUAAGUCCAACAAA